AUGAAAUAUAAUAGUCAAUGUCACUGGUAUCUUAAUAAUUCAAAUUUUGCUUUUAUAGAGCGAUGGAACUCCUGUGGCUUUGAGGGAAUGUUUCAUCAAAUUAAAUCCUGUCCGUUUCUCACCCGCUAUCUUGGUUGCCAUGGAAACAGUCUCUCCAUCGGCUCUUCCAGAUGUUCGCACAGGCACCGAGACAAAGCCUGUGGAACAUAAAAAGAAACCAGCUCUCCCAAAGAGAAGCCGUUUGGCACGGGAGGUUUGUAAAAACAUGAGUUAAUUAAUAAUUUCUAGUACAGAUUUUUUUUAAUUUAUUUAACUGUUCUUUUUGAUUUUUCCUUUAGGCUUCAGUUCCCGCGCGUGUGAUUCCUGCCAGGGGAGUUGAAUGUGUGCCGCCUGAAGACACCGUUAGUGUUUUUCACAUUAACGUUAAAUCUCUAAUUAAUAAUGUGUUUAUUGAAAACAUUUGACAUAGUACCUUUGUUGAUUUUGUGCAAAAUCAGCUUAAUAUGUUUUUUGUGUCAUUUAUUUUCAGGUGGAGCCUGUUCUGCAUUCUGCUGAGGUGUCUGACCAUGCUGGUGUGGGGUGCGUCUGUGCGUUGGAGUUUUCUGCUGGCCAGCGGGUUUGUAUAAUGUGUUCUUCAGUCUCUAUAAAUAAAUAAAAUAUGUUGUCUCAGUGUUGUUCUUUUUAGUCUAUAAUUUUCAUAACAUAAUUACAAUUUUCAAAUUAUUGACAUUUCAAAUGGUGUUGGGAGUUUAUUUUAUUCGUUUAUAGUAACAAUUUGGUAUCUUUCCUGUUGUGAAUACUGAUUAAUGGAUCAGAGGAGGUGGUAUUUUACUGUAAAUGAGUGGUUCAGAGCACAAACAAUGGUUUUAGCUCCUCUGCUAGUAUGGAUGUCACAGCCAAGAGUUACAGACUGUAGAAUUUCCAAAUGUUUCUUGAAAGGUUUUUUGACAAUUCUCUUAGUAACACCAUUGUAGUUUUAACAUUAAUAAUUUAAAAGGAAUUUAAAUAGAACCUACUUUAAUUUUUUUUAUAAAAACAAUUGCAGAAAGCAGUAAAAAUAAAUUUCUCUACAGCACGCUCUGAUGGUUUCACAGAAAAUAUAGCAGGCUACUUAAUGGGAAUCCACAAUUAUGCAAAAGAACAAGUUCAAAAUGAAUUUACUUAAUUUUUAACAUUUAGUGUAACAAUUCAGAGCAAAAAUAAUUUGGUUUGUUUUUCUCCUGGCAUGGAUAUUUAUAGUGAAAGUAACAUUGAAUUCAGCAUCCUUUGAGUAACUUAUACAAAAGGAACUCUAGUGGGGUAGCAUGUGUAAUGUUGCUAAAUGAGUUUCAGUAUUAUAAAAAAUCUCAUAUUAGAUUUGUAAUAUAUUUGGAAGAGAACCAGACUGCUUACAAAAUGAGGAUGUAGAAAUGUCAUGUUUUUCCACAUUUUCACUCUAGAUGCCUGAGAUGGGUGAUUUACAGCGCACAAAUACUCCACCCAAAGGUCAGGCUGCUAACCCUGUUGUUUGCAGGUGCUCAGAGGGCUUUCCACCGUCUCUUAUCCCAGGCACAUAUAUUGGUAGUUAUCAGUCUAGCUCUGAUGCCAUGAUGUCAUGUUGUAUUACAGCAGCCAUAAAACACCACAUUUCUCCCAUUUGUACCUGGAAGACUGCAAAUGUAGAUGAAGUCCGUGUACAAGGUCAGAAGUUGGCAGGAUAUAUUGUGCGAAAAAGAUCAGACAGAGGUCCAAAACCAGAGUUGUGCAAGUUGGUUAAAGAUCAGACCAUUUUUGGUAGAAAUUGGGAUGUACGAACUGGAAAUACGGUCCGUGGUACAUUUGAUCUCAACCAGGAGGGGGAACUGUAUGAGCGGUUGCAAAUGUAUUUACUGAGAAACGGAAUGUGCAUCUUUGCCCUGCCUGAUACAACCACCUUGGUCAUCCAGCAUGGAGAGUACUUUGCUCUUGUGGAUUUUGGGACACGGAAUUCAGAGGGUUUAGCGUCACAAUCUGGUACGCCCGUCGUCGUAUUUAACACGUGUUUAAAUGAUUUAAUGGUUCACUUGAACAAACUUAGGGAAUCAUUAAAUGCAACCGAGUAUAAACUCUGCGGCAUUUCUGUCGAAGAAAUGUCCAGUAAUACGGACACAUCCGGAGCACUGACUGAGGACACGCAUGCCACAGAUGCAAGCCAAGCUUUCAGUAGCCAUGUUGCAUCAGUCAGUGGGUCAUUUCAUCAGGGCGAUCCUCGUUUUACAUAUGGUGGACUACAGUGUGCAGCCAUUAGUAUUGUUGCUUUAACAAAGCACAAACUGAAAAGCAUUUGUUCGUGGAAUGGUGACAUAUUGGACAAUGUAGUGACUGUAGGUGAUGAGCUGUACACAUCUUUGCAUGACAGCAAUUUAAUCAGUAGUGGACAUGAGCUUCUUUCUAUUCCAGACUUGCCUAAAAAUAUUCAUGUUGAUGGACAGCAUUUUGAAUGUUUUUAUGGAGAUUAUGUUUCUGGAGAUGUUGAUAUAGUGGAAGGACAGUUAAUCGAGGAGGGUGUGCUUACUACUCUCUGGGAUGGAUUGAGGAAGAUCUGUGGUAAGUAUGAAACCUGCUUUAUGACACUUUGUGGAAGUACCUGCGCCCUCAUCCGACAUAAUCGACGUUUUGCUCUUGUAGACUCUCAUGCAAGAAACCAACACGGGAUGAUGGAUGCAAAUGGAAAGAGCGUUCUUCUCCACUUUAAUUCUCUUGAUGAUGUCUUUGCACAUCUUACAAUGUUUUCUGGUGAACUGAAUCUCUGUCCCAGGCGAUUUGAGAUCAGUGGAGUUGAAAUAGUUCACAUUGACUCAAGUAGCAGCACAUGUAAAGAUGUAGCUGCUGUGCCAAGUAGCAGUGCUCCUUUUGAACAGAGCAAUGUUGAUAUGCAGGAUGAUUCUUAUGGAGAACAUCCAUUUGAUCUUCAAACAUCAAACAGGGAUGAUAGUGAUGAUGAUGUGGUUGUUACUCAUGUGCAAAAUAAGGAAUUGUAUUUUAACCCUCUCUCAGAAGACAUUGCACGGUCACUUUGUGGAAAGUUGAAUGUUGAGUUUGAACGGGCAAAUUAUAAAUCUUGUAUGGUUGGUGAACUCGGUCUACCAUGUGCGACAGAAAACAUCGUGGGCGAUGGAAACUGCUUUUUUAGAGCACUUAGUCAAGCCAUCAGUGGAAAUCAGAAAUCUCAUCGUAAAAUUAGGCUUGCUGUUGUAAAUCAGUUACAAAGAAAUUCUCACUUGUAUGAUAGUAUUUUGAGAAGUGAGUAUUCCUCCAUCUCACAAUAUAUUGCCAUUUCUAGAAUGAAUUAUGUUGGUGCGUGGGCGACUGAAUUGGAAAUUCAAGCUGCAGCUGAUUAUUUUGGUGUAAAUAUUUUCACAUUUUUCAAUGAUAAAUGGCUUGAAUACAGUUCUCAGAGCAGUUUCUCUAAUCACGGUAUGUAUUUGCAAAACAUUAGUGGAAAUCAUUAUGAGACGGUUGUUUGUGUUAAGCUGCCUAACUCACAAACAUGUUAUAAUUAUUGCAUGAAUACAGUUUUUUCAGGGGGACAUAAAACUCGGCCAUCUACAACAGAACCAAAAACUGCGCAGAUAAUGACGGUGAAAACUGAGAGUUCCAUUGAAGACGAGUCUGUCGGUAUUUUACAAGAUAACGAAAAUACUUUACUGUUUACUCCCCUUUCUGAACUUAAUGCUAAAACUCUUUGUAACAACUUAAAAAUCGACUUUGAAGAACAUAGUUUCCAAAAAGUAAUUUUGCGUGGUCCUUUGGGAAAUGUGUGUAAGAUUAAAAAUAUUGUAAAUGACGGUAACAGUUUUUUCAGAGCUGUAGCCUAUGCACUUAGUGGUUCUGAGAAAAAUCACCGUAAAAUUAGACUUGCUGUUGUUUCACACAUGACCAAUAAUAGAGAAGAAUGCGAAAAAUUGUUAACUAAAGAUUUUGCUUCUGUGACAAAAUACGUUAACCAGUCACAGAUUAAGUAUGUGGGUCACUGUGCUACGGAAAUUGAGUUUAAAUCUGCCGCUAAUAUGUUAGGAUUGGAUAUAUAUGUAUUUAACAGCACACAGUGGACCAAAUAUAAUUCAAACAGUAGACAUUUGACCAAUGAAGCUAUAUAUUUGCAGAACUGUGACAAUCAUUUUGAUGCCGUUAUUUGUGCAAAGCAGGGUGAUAAAGACUCUUGCUUUGAAUUUUGUGAAGAUAAUUUGUCGUUAAAGACACAACCCAUCCGUACAAGGUCUUCACAAGGUCAGGAAAAUGCAAAGCAAACUGUUUUAAGCGGUAAAGCUAAUCCCAGGUUUUCGAUGUAUUUAAGACAAAAAAAGAAUCAGAGACAAGUUCUUAAAUAUAGAACUCAAAUGAUACAUAGGCAAAAAUUGAAAUCUAAUCAAAAGAAAUUGUAUAAGAAAAAUUUGCUAUAUAAGGAACGAAAAAAAAAUUGGAGGAGAAAUAAAUAUCGUAAAGAUGAAACUUACCAAGUAAAGAUUAAGCAAAUGAGCAUAGCUAAAUAUAAUGAUGACGAAUGUCAUAGAGAAAAAGUUAAGCAAAUGAGCAUAGCUAAAUAUAAUGACGACGAAUGUCAUAGAGAAAAAGUUAAGCAAAUAAGCAUUACAAAAUAUAAUGAAGAUGAAUAUCACAGAGAAAAAGUUAAACAGUUAAGUAGAAAACAAUAUCUUAAUCCACAACAUAAGAGAAACAUAAUAUCAAAUGUAGAGCUAAAAAGACGGGAGAUUAAAACAAAGUCAAAAGAGUUUGAUUUUGUUGUUCAGCAAUUUUUGGACAAAGUAAAAGAGGGGCCCAAUUUUGUGUGUUGCGUGUGCUUUCGGUUGUUAUUUAAACAUCAGGUUUUGAAUUGUUGUAAAGAGUCCUACAGGAAAACUAAAGCAAAGUCCUUCAUUGCAGAUAAAUGUAUAAGUGAUGAUUAUGUGCAUAGAUGUAGCAACAUGUGCAUAUCGCCAUGUAAUCUCAAAACCUGUCGAAAUAAGUUAUAUAUCUGCUAUUGUUGUCAUCAUAAAAUUAAUAGAGGUGAAAUGCCCCCAGAAAGUUCAUGUAAUAAUUUAACACUUGAUCCCAUCCCACCUCAGUUGGCAUGCUUGAAUACUUUAGAACAACAUUUAAUAGCUUUGCAUAUACCAUUUAUGAAGAUGUUAGCGUUGCCAAAAGGUGGGCAAAAUGGAGUUCAUGGUCCUGUUACUUGUGUCCCUGCAAAUAUUGUUGAAACAUGCAGUUUGCUACCUCGUAGUAAUAUGGAGGGAUCUUUGUUACCUGUUAAGUUAAAGCGGAAAUUGACAUACAAAGGUCAUUAUGAUUACCAGUAUGUUGACACAAUGCAUGUCCAAGAAGCUCUUUGGUACUUGAAACAUUGUAACUUCUUUUAUAAAGAUGUAGAGUUCAAUGAAUCUUGGAUCAAUGAGUUUUCUCUGGAAGAUAACGGUUUGAUUCAAAAGAAUGAUGGUUGUAAAGAAGAUCAAGACAUGUCAAUAGAUGAUAAUGAUGAUGACCUUUUACAUGACAGACAGACGCACUGUAUGUUCCAGGACACUUGUCUCAUGCCGGUCGAUAUUGGACAAGAAGCCUUGGAUGUAUAUGUUGAUAAUGUUUUGAAUGUAGCGCCAGGUGAAAAUAAUAACCCUAUAAAACUUCUUUCUGAUUCUACCAAUGAAGCAAAAUGUUUCCCUGUAUUGUUCCCAUCAGGUUUAAACACAUACCAUGAGAAGCGACAAUAUCGUUUGACUUUGAGUCGUUAUUUUAAUAAUAGACUUCUUCAUGCUGAUGGUAGAUUUGCGCGUAAUGUCGAAUAUAUAUUCUUUGCACAGUACAUGUCAGAACUGGAACAGGUUGUUUCUAAAGUGUCAAUAGCUUUACGUAAAGGCACAAGUUGUACAUCUCAAAAUAUGACUGAGGUUUUGAAGGAUGAAAACUCUUUAAAUAAGUUGUUGGAAUUUGAUGAAGGAUAUCGCUUCUUGAAACCCAUUCGAGGCACACCUGCUUUCUGGCAGUCCGCUCAACGCGACUUGCUAGCUUGUGUUAGAAUGUUGGGAAAACCCACAUGGUUUGCCUCAUUUUCGUCUGCUGAUAUGAGAUGGAAAAAUCUACUUUAUAGCAUUUUAAAGCAGGAAGGACGAACGCAGACUUUGGAACAGUUGCAGUGGGCAGAUAAGUGUGAACUGCUGCGUCGAAACCCUGUUACUGCUGCCAGAAUGUUUGAUUUUAGAUGGCAUGUUUUUGUAAAAGAAGUUUUAAUGUCUCCUGCAAAUCCGAUUGGAAAAAUUGAAGAUUACUAUUAUCGUGUAGAAUUUCAGCAGCGUGGUUCUCCCCAUUGUCAUUGUCUUUUUUGGAUUUCUGGGGCUCCAGUUUUGGAUAAGAAUACGGAUGAAGAGGUUAUUGCAUUUAUUGACAAAUAUGUGACAUGUGAAAUUCCAUUGGAAGAAGACUCGUUGUUUGAAGUAGUCUCAUCUGUACAGCAGCAUUCAAAACGACAUUCAAAAACUUGUAAAAAGAAAAAAACUGUCUGUCGUUUUAAUUUCCCACGGCCUGCAUCUUGCCGAACCUUUAUUUGUCGCGGUGAGAAAUAUCAUGAUCCAGUAAAGACUUGCAAAUGUAAUUUGGAUAAAAUUGAUGAUAAAGUAGAUUGUUUAUGUCUUGGUAAGGACAAGAAAAGUUGGGAACAAAUAGAGAGAGAUAGAGCAACUGAUAUUUUAACAAAUGUCAAGAAUGCCAUCUCGGAUGAGAACUGUCCAUAUAGUACAGUUGAAGCAAUGUUUCAAGCUUUGGGGAUAAGUCAAGAUUUAUUUGAAAUGGCAUAUAAGCGAUCCAGUAGGAAUACUAAUGUUGUGUUGAAAAGACAAAUUAAUGAACUCUGGAUUAAUCAAUAUAGCAGGCCGCUGUUAAAAGCUUGGAAUGCAAAUAUUGAUAUCCAGUAUUGCGUUGAUGCUUAUGCUUGUUGUGUUUAUAUAGUGUCUUACAUGUCCAAAAGUGAGCGUGAAAUUGGCCUUCUGUUGGGAAAUGCACAAAGAGAAGCAGCCAAAGAUGGAAAUGUUAGUGCUAAAGACGCUUUAAAGAAACUUGGUAGCGUGUAUUUACAUAAUCGGGAUGUUUGUGCACAGGAAGCCGUGUACCGACUAACUAACAUGCAUUUAAAGGAGUGUUCUCGGAAAGUUGUUUUUGUUCCUACAGGCGAUAAUAUCACUAAAAUGAGUUUACCGAUUUCUAUUUUGAGAGAAAAAGCUGCAUCACAGGAUCUCACUCCAGAAGACAUGUUUAUGACCGGUAUAGUUGACCGCUAUAAGAAUAGGCCGAAUGAUGAUGUCUUUAGUGAUAUGUGCCUGGCUAAGUUUGUUUCAGAGUAUCGUGUUUUGUACAAAAAUGAGAAAUGUAGAAAUGCAGUAAAGUUGAAUAAGGAUUUUGGGUUUGUUGCCAAAAGAACUCGGACAAAACCAGCAGUUGUUCGAUAUGCACGUUUCUCUGAAACAAAACAGCCAGAAAAGUUUUAUCAAAGCAUAAUGCAGCUAUUUCUGCCUUAUCGCUUUGAUAUUGAACUUAAACCUGCACGUUUUGAAACCUAUGGUGACUUUUACAUGACUGGUGUGAUUGGAUUUGUUGAUGGAACAAAACAUUCUGUAAAGUUUGUAGUAGAUUUAAAUAGGAGUGAAUUUGAGUUGGAAUCUGAUCAUUUUGAAGCUGUGGACAAUGUUACUGCUGAUGCAAUGUUGGAGGAUGGAUGGGCUGAGUUGUGUUCAGAGGUUGAAUUGGAACGCUUGGAGUGUGUUGAAUUACGAAAAGAAACACCAAUAGAAAAUGAAGCUCAGGAACAUAUUCCUGAUUUAAGUUCUAACUGUAAAGAAAUUUCAGUAUUUGAGAAAAAACAAAUUAGUAGAUCUGAAGGCCUUACAUUGAUCAGAUCUUUGAAUGAAAAACAGUUUUCUGUUUUUUAUCAAAUCCGGCAGUGGUGUUUAGACAAAGUUAAUGGAAAAAAUCCAGAACCACUGCACAUAUUUGUAACCGGUGGAGCUGGUACUGGGAAAAGUCAUCUAAUCAAAGCAAUUGAAUAUGAAUCAAAACGGUUAUUGUCCACUAUUUGUAAGUUUCCUGAUAACAUAUGCGUCUUACUCACAGCUCCCACAGGCAUUGCGGCGUAUAAUUUAGAAGCGACAACAAUCCAUACAACUUUUUCCAUUGGAAAGGAUGUACGGCUCCCCUAUACUCCUUUGGGUGAAGAUAAAAUAAAUUCAUUGCGUGUGAAAUAUUGUGAUCUGCAGCUUCUUAUUAUAGAUGAAAUAUCAAUGGUUGAUCACAACCUGUUAUCAUAUGUUAACGGUCGUUUGCGUCAGAUUAAACAAACCACAAACGUAUAUGGGGGCAUCAGUGUAAUUACUGUAGGUGAUAUGAACCAGCUCCCUCCCGUUAAAGGGAAGCCGAUAUACUCUGAGGGUGUUGCCACAAAUAUAUGGUCAGAGUUAUUUCAAAUUAUAGAAUUAACAGAAAUUGUUAGGCAAAAAGAUGCUGUGUUUUCUCAACUGCUUAACAGGAUGAGAACUCGUUCCAAAAGCACACCAAUGCUGGCCGAUGAUAUCAAAAUUUUAAAAAGUUGUGAAACGGGUGAGGUUAGCUCAGCCUUGCAUAUCUUUGCGACUAAUAACCAAGUAAAUGAGCACAAUUUUAAUCAUUUAUGUCAUACUUGUCCUGAUUUUUUAAGGAUUCGGGCACAAGAUUAUGCAAAUGAUAAAAAAACAGGAAAACUUCGGUUGUUAGAAGGGAGUCAUUCCAAAGCUUCAAACACUUCUUUAUCAGAAGUGUUGUUGUUGGGUAAAGGUGCACGUGUUAUGCUGUGUAAAAACGUUGACAUUAGCGAUGGUCUUGUUAAUGGUGUUGUUGGGACUGUUACAGAAAUAUUAAUACCUGAAAAGGACAAGUUUCCUAAAUUUGUCUAUGUUAAAUUUGAUGAUGAUCGUGUAGGCAUGAAAAAGAGGAAGAGCUGUCUCAACUCAUCAUCAGAUUUAGCAGAAUCCACACCGAUUGAACCUGAGGAAGAGCGCGCAACUUUGAAGGGUGGACUCAGGAGACAGUUCCCACUUAAGUUAGCAUGGGCGUGUACUGUACAUAAAGUUCAAGGAUUAACUGUUGAUGAAGCUGUGGUGUCUUUUAGUAAAAUAUUUUCACCGGGACAAGCUUAUGUUGCUGUAAGUCGCGUUAGAAGUCUUUUAGGUUUGACGAUUCAAGAUUUUGAUGAAAAAAAGAUAUAUUGUAAGGAUGACAUUGCUGUUGCUCUUCAGAGUAUGACGCCUCUUUCGAGUGGAUCUUUUCAGUUGGAUCGAUUUAACACAUCUCUUUUUACUGUAUUCUUGAUAAAUGUUCAAAGUUUAAAUCGGCAUGUAAAAGAUUUGGCCUGCUUUACAGAAAAGUGGAAACCUAAAUGCGUUGCUGUCACAGAAACAUGGUUGUCUUCAACCCAAACGGAUACAGUAAUGAUAGAUGGUUAUAGUUUUUCCAACCGACCACGAAAUUUAUCGUAUACCAGAAGGCAUCCAGAAUUGAUUGCGUUGCAAGACCAACAACAUGGUGGUGUUGGCAUCUAUUCUGCUCAUGAUUUGGACUUUGAAAUUUUACAACAACCAGAGCUUAAUUUGGAAUGUUUGGUCUAUCGGUUUUGUAGUUUUAACAUGGUCCUUGGGGUAAUUUACCGACCACCAUUAUAUCCUUUGUCACUAUUUAAGAAAAAUUUAGGAAAGUUAUUGGAUUGGCUUGAGACACAAAAUGACACGAUAGCACUGAUUGGAGAUUUUAAUGAUGAUAUUUUUAAGUCAUCAAGUAUAUCAAAAUUUGUUUCUGAUAAAGGAUACCUACAAAUGGUUGAAGAAGCAACCACUGAAAAAGGCACUUUGAUAGAUCAUGUUUAUAUUAAAUCUCAGAUAUAUGAAGUUGAGGCAGUAGUUGUGCCAACAUAUUUCAGUGAUCAUGAGGGCAUAAUGUGUGGUUUUAAAUUGUAAUCAUUUUAAUAAUCUGGGGGUUUAAUGUGUGGUUUUAAGCUGCUUUAAUCAUGUGACAUUAUGAACAUUAAAAAAGGUUUUCUUUGCUU